AUGGCACGUUUUCAAGGAAAAGUAGCCAUAAUUACAGGUUCUUCAUCUGGAAUUGGAGCCGUAACAGCUAUAUUAUUUGCUAUAGAAGGAGCUGAGGUCACAAUCACAGGAAGAAAGCAGCAUGGUCUCGAGGCCACCAAGAAAGCCAUUCUUAAAGCUGGCGUUCACAAUGAGAAGGUGAAUAUUGUGCAGGCGGAUGUUACCGAUUCUGAUGGAAGAGAGCUGAUCAUUUCAAGCACAAUCCGCAAAUUUGGUCGUUUAGAUAUCUUGGUAAACAACGCCGGUGGUACAUUCCUUAGCCCCGAUGGUUCAGCUGGGCUGAAGGCUAGCACCGAUCUCCUUAAGAAGACCAUGGAUGUAAAUGUAUACAGUGUGGUUGAGUUGAUCCAAUUGGCUCGUCCAUAUUUGGUAUCGUCAAAGGGCGAGAUUUACGCAAAAAUACCGUAUUACGCGAUGUCGAAAGCAGCUUUGGAUCAGAUGAUGCGAGCUGUAGCAAUCGAACUUAUAGCUGAAGGAGUGCGGGUGAAUAAUGUAAGUCCCUAUGGAGUUAAGACAAAUAUUGCAAAAAACAGCGGGGUAUCUGAUGAAGCUGCAGCAAAGUUUUACGCUACUUAUGCCAGAAAUCCAUUCAAAGUUCCUAGAGGCAGAACAGCCCAGCCGUCAGAAAUCGCAACUAUUAUCGCUUUUCUGGCUGAUAGAAGCCAGUCUUCUUACAUCGUCGGCCAAACAAUCGUCGCCGAUGGUGGCAACUCUAUUGUUCUAGCUUCAAAUGCCGAUAUACCUGUGAAGGAGACAACACAGUUCUGA